GUGCAGUGUAGUGCAGUGAGAACUGGGAAAUAUAUCGAUAUCAUUAGUGGUGUCAAUUAUACAUUGUACUUAACACAGUAAUACCUUCCUAUAAAAUGGUUUAUUCUGUCCAGCAGACAACGAAAAUUGGAAAGAACAAAUGUAUUGAAUUUUUAAUUUUUGGGUGUGCUCUAUCCUAAUAUACUAAACCAAACCCAGUUCUUGCUGAAUCAUUCCCACCAUUCACCUUCAGUAGACAGCAUCAUUAGUAAGGACCGCUGCUUGUCUGUUUCUUCAGACCUGAAAUACAGCCUGAGCUCUAACUUCUUCUUGGAUUUUAACAAACCAAACAUUCAUGAUUUAGGUUUUCUUCUCAUUUUUCUCUUCCUCUUUUCUAACAAGAAAUCAUCAUAAGAAAAAUGGGCCUUUGUUAAAAAUCGCCCUCAUUUCCUCUUAGAGACAAAUGGUAAGUCUCGGUCUACACCAAAUGAAUUGAUGGUUAUCUUUAACAUAUGUCCUCUACUGAUGUGAAGUGGUUUUGGUAGUAGUGGUGAUGGAAUCGAUGGAGUCGUGUGUUCCACCAGGUUUCAGGUUUCAUCCCACGGACGAGGAACUGGUAGGAUAUUAUCUGAAGAAGAAGGUCACCUCACAGAAGAUCGAUCUUGAUGUUAUCAGGGACAUCGACCUAUACAGAAUCGAACCAUGGGACCUGCAAGAGCGGUGUCGGAUCGGCUACGAGGAGCAGAACGAGUGGUAUUUCUUCAGCCAUAAGGAUAAGAAAUACCCAACGGGGACCAGGACUAACAGGGCCACCAUGGCCGGGUUCUGGAAGGCUACCGGGAGAGACAAGGCAAUCUACGACAAGAUGCGACUUAUCGGCAUGAGGAAAACCCUAGUCUUUUACAAGGGUAGGGCACCCAAUGGACAGAAAACUGACUGGAUCAUGCAUGAAUACAGGCUCGAGUCCGAUGAGAACGGACCUCCUCAGGAAGAGGGAUGGGUCGUCUGUCGAGCAUUCAAGAAACGAACGAGCUGUCAAACUAGAAGCAACGAAGGGUGGGAUUCGAGUUACUUCUAUGAUGAACCAAGUGGGGUUAGCUCCAUUAUCGAUCCAAUCGAUUAUAUCCCAAGGCAGAAUCAGAAUUUUGUAUGUAAGCAGGAGAUCGAAGCCGAGAAUCUCAAUUUCCUGCACUCUGAUCAUUUUGUACAGCUUCCUCAGCUAGAGAGCCCAUCACUACCACUAAUAAAGAGGCCGAUCGUACCAUCAAUGGUGCCAUCAGUGAAUAAUGAGGAGGAAGAGACAAUAAGAGGGUGUAAAAAUUACACCGAGAAAGUGACCGACUGGAGGGCCCUUGACAAGUUUGUUGCUUCUCAAUUGAGUCAGGAAAAUAGAUAUGAUAGUGAAGGGAUCUCAAACUUUGGAGCUCAUCCUAGUUCGGAUACGGCUUUGCUUUUAUUACAGAGUAGUAGGGAGGAAGGAAACAAGUUGAUGAAUGGGUUCUUUAAUUCGAGCUCGGACUGUGACAUUGGUAUUUGCAUAUUUGAUAAAUGAAUGGAUGAGGAGAGAGAGAGAGAGAGAGUUCUUAUCACUUGCUUAUUUUUCAACUUUUUGAGUUGGUGUAACUUUGGAACUUAUAGUUUGUAAAAAUAUGAUGAACCCUAUGUAUGGUUAUGGUUGUGUGAAGAAAAAGAGAGAAUAAUCUCUCUCUCUCUCUCUCUCCGCAAUAUGUCAUCUCCAUCUUUUAAUACUAGAAGUUUGGAAAAGAAAUGAGGAAAGCUCCAUACCUAGAUAUAUA